AUGACAGGGAAGUUACAAGGCUCAAGGGGGGUACCACGUGCCUGUUGGAAGCAGAUGCUAUCGGAGAAGUUUGGGGAUAAUCCAGACGAGCGUCUCAAGCUGUAUGGUUCCCUUGCCAGACUCGCACGUGAUAAGAACGCACCCUACUCGGAUAGUUGGACAGCAGUCAUGUUAAAGGCCUCUCAUGACUCCUGGUCUCGAAUUCGCCAACUUGGGCGAGAAACACUUCUUCGUGAAGUAAAAAUGGAAGUGGAACUGUCAAAUAAAAACUUCUCGCGGAGAGUUUUGAGUCUACUACUCAGUAAAUGGCCUCAAAUGAAGUGCUGGUAUGAGAGGGAAGGGUUUCUAUUGCUGCUGCUAGGGUUCUUCUUGUCCAAAGCCGACGUGAUAUCAGAUGGGAGGGUAUUGUCCUAUAUAUUGCUGCGAGUAGGGUUGCCCUCUCUGUUGGACCCGCAGCUUCCUGUGCGUGAGGUGGCAGUUAAUGUAACCGUUCAGAUUGCAGAGCUAAGUGGCGACCUCGCCUCCUUCACACAAGAUCACUUGCUUAUCCAACUCAAACUGCUUCUUGAGGAAAGGAAAGAGCCGAGUGCAUGUGAAAUUGAAGGUCUUCUUAGUGGUGUUACACGCCUCAUGGUUGUGUGCCCCAGCACGCUUCAUACCGAAUGGUGGGCCAAAAUGCAACCUCUUCUACAGCAACUUUCUGUUCACUCCGCUGCCAGCGUUCGCCAACGAGUGGCAGCAGUGUGGGCGCCACUGUCUGUAAGAUCUUUUGAAAUGCUAUGUAUUGCGAUAAUUAAAAAAUCAGAAUCACCCUCGGAGAGCGAUGAAUGGUGGAGAAUGGUGGAGGUACUUCUCAUGGCGCUACAGGAGCAGUUGGCACAUUUAUUAACCUUGACUGACGGGGAAGUAACGGUGGAUCUUGAGACACGUGGGGCCUCCAUUGCAGAUUCCCUUUACGCAGUUUUGAUGUUUGCUGAGAUGCAGCGGUUUGAAGUGAUGCGCAUGGGUAAGCAGCUUGUUCCCUUGCUUACACAGUUUUGGGUUCGCUUUGCGCCUUCCCUCGAUUUUGUAGAGGCUUGUUGUGGCCAAGUAGAGAGACGAUUUCUCGAACGUGCUCAUUUUUUACGUCUUUUUUUACCAGAACUUAUUUGGUUUCUGGCGCUUCGGCGUUACCUGCGCCCUGCGGAGGAUGUAGAAAGAGUGCGAGACGCCGUGUCGCAGCAUUUGCUGCCGCUCCUCCAUGGGAAAUGGAAUGUGUUUUUAAAUUCCAAUGACAUUGGAACGGUCUUACCACGGCCUGGCUACGCAUUGGCGGUUUUACUACUAGUAACCUAUUUCCCAGACUGCUUAACAAAGUCUGUGAAUCGGGACUUGAUGACGUUUGCCUUGAGUGAGGGGGCGUGGAAACGCGCACUUUCAGAAGACAUAGACUCUGUAAGAUACGGAGUGGAUUUCGCACUUUCUGUGAGACGCAUUGGUGGGACGAUUCUGCAUCUCGUUCCUGUUUGGCUCGAAUGGAUCUCCAACGCCUAUGCCCAUCAGCAGUGUUUGAUACUAGAAGCGGUAAAAAUUGCUGUUGGCUCACCAAAGUAUUGGGUGUCAAGCAAACCGUUUUCUUUUGCGUACUGCUCGGUCUUCGACGCGCCGACGAUGCAAGAAGGCGGGGAAGAGGUUUCGCGCGGAUUCUAUUGGCUCAAACUGCAUUGCCCCACCCCGGCCUGCCUGCCUGAAAUUCCAUUUUUAUCAGCGGAUGCGGCCGGCGCUGCGGGGGUAGUCCCCGCAGCAGUGCAUGAAACAGUUUAUGCAAGCGUUUACGUUUCGAAGGGAACAGAGCAUUCUGUAUUACGCAUUGCGCGCUCCCUCAUGCUAACGGAGUGCGAGGCAAAUCGAAAAGCGGAAUCCAUUGCAGCAGUGGUGGCCGCAGUCGUUGCCCGGCUGGAAAAUGUCUCUCCAAGAUGGCGCGAGGCGCUCCCAGUUUCCUUUGGCGGUGCGCCUGGCGUCCCCGAUUGCCGCGCCCAGGGCGGCAUCCGUGAUAAACAUAGUGGUUGCAGCGACUGGGAUGACUCGGAGGGCGGUCUCGAUGCCGAGGGCGUCGAUACAGAUGAAGAAAUAAGGGAGGCCGGGCGCCUCUUUGCGGUAAUUCUAGGGAGUUGCUUCGGUGCCGAUGUGGGCGGGUUCCUGCGCGCCGUUGGCCCCGCGGAACGUCAAUCAGCUGCGCUUUUAUUGAACGAGUUCGAGGGCGGCUGCCGGGUCACGCGAUAA